AUGGAGGAAAAGGACAUCCUGGUGGAGCUGGUAAAUGACAAAGUUGUCCGUGUUCAGCGGAUCACCAAAAACCAGAACGGCCAGAAAGUUAAUACUCCCGCCCUUAUACUUACCUUUGCCAAAACUACGUACCCGGAGCACAUCAAAGUUGGCCUUCUACGUGUUGCCACCCGUCCGUACUUUCCAAACCCGAUGCUCUGCUACGGAUGUUUCAGCUACGGUCAUACUCGCCUACGAUGCCCCUACGAACGACGCUGCUUCAACUGCUCCGACGAGUAUCACGGAGAAGAAUGUAACAAGGCACCAUCUUGCCUGAGUUGCAAAGGUGACCACCGAACAACCAACCGCCAAUGUCCCGUGUAUAAAAAAGAAAUCGAGGUGGUAAAAAUCAAAGUGCGAGACAACCUCACUUUUCCGGAAGUCAACCAGCAAGCUAGUGGAAGCUACGCACAGGCAGCAGCACAACAGAACGCCAUCGAACAAAAGCUGAAGAAGCUAGAAACGGCCAUGAUUAAAAAUGACAAGGAGAUCGCCAGACUACUGGAAGAAAGCAAGCGGAAGGAUGAAAAGAUCGCCCAAAUGAUGGCAUUCAUCAAACAAACGAAGCAGCAAGCCAGUCAACCCAAACAGAACCACACUAGCGAAACAAUCGUCAGCCAGGAAAAAUCACGUGACCAGCAACGACCAGUCCCCACGACAACAGGCCCUUUCACCCGAUCGAGAAACAAUUCUCCAGCCGCUCAAGAAUCCAAGCGCGGGCGUCCUGUGAAGUAUAAUUACAACAAACCGGUCACUUCCCCAGAUCUGAGUCCGCCGCCGAAAAAGACCGCCAUCACUCACAACCCCACGGAAAUGGAUUUCUCCAGUGAGGAGUCGGAGAUACCGGAGACCUGUCCUAGCCAAGGUAUUCGAUAG